AUGACAUUCCAUACAAGGGACCAGGUUUUUGGUAUUGACUUGGAUGCAUCACAGGAAGAAAACAUUGUUUCGACUAAAAAAUUGAUAUGGGAACCUACUGAUGAAGAUGUAGAACAAUGCAAAAUAUUAGGGAAAAAAGAGACAGAAUGUCGUAAUUUUAUUAAAGUUCUCAUCAAAAGAAAUGAUGAUAUAAUAUUUGUUUGUGGGACAAAUGCCUUUAAGCCUUCCUGCAGGAAUUAUAAGGUAGAAAAUCUUGAACCUCUGGGAACUAUUGAUGGAAGGGGGAAGUGCCCCUUGGAUCAAGAUGAAUCAAAUAUUGCAUUAUUUUCUGAUGGCAGUCUAUAUUCUGCCACAGCAGUAGGCAUCAGAGGAUUAGAUCAACUCAUUUACCGGAGUCUUGGAGACCAACCACACCUGAGGACAGCUAUAUAUAAUUCAAAAUGGUUGAAAGAACCUUCCUUUGUUCAUGGGUUUGAUUAUGGCAACUAUGUCUAUUUCUUCUUUCGGGAAGUCUCUGUAGAAUAUGAACAUAUGGAAAAGGUAAUUAUAUCCAGAGUAGCUCGAGUUUGUAAGAAUGAUAUUGGUGGAAAUCCAGAAUUUCCAGAGAAUGAAUGGACUUCUUUCCUGAAAGCAAGACUGACCUGUGCAAUUCCUGGUGGCUCAAGUUACCAUCUUAAAGCAGUUUCAGAUAUUACACCAGUUUAUGGUCGGAAUGUAAUUUUUGCAAUCUACUCUACUAAUCCAACUAGGUAA